AAGCGAGCGCGUCGUCAUAGUGAGGCUCGACAUUAUUUGUUUAUGCUUUCAUCUUUUAAACUAGGAGAAGAAGAAGAAGAGAUGGCGAAGCGAACAAGAGGAGGAGAUGGGUCGGAUGGGUAUACCUCCAGCCUAUCAGGUUCAGAAGACGAUCUCGCGAGAGACGAGAUUCAGCCGGCAAAGUUCCGGCAAAUCAAUCAGAAGGAAGAUGAUGAAGAUAAUUCAAAUACACCACCACCAGCAGCGGUAGUGAUUGAGUGCACGCUUCCGCCGCGGUGUUUGCGGCAUCCGACGUCGUUUACGUCGCAUGCAGAGUACGAAAGGCACUAUCGUGAAGAUCACAGCAAAGUGUGCUUCGAGUGCUCGCGCACGUUCCCGUCCGAUCGGUUGCUGGACCUGCAUAUUUCCGAGCAGCAUGAUCCGUUUAUCGAGGCCCGGCGCGAACGCGGAGAGGAUACGUAUCAGUGUUUUGUCGAGGAGUGUCCGUUGAAGUUCAAGUCGAAGAAUAAACGGAUAAAGCAUUUGGUGGGGGAGCAUCAGUAUCCGGAGGAGUACAUGUUUUCCAUUGUUACCUACGGGUUGUCGAAGGGACGGACGUCGUUGCUUAGACGGCCGAAGCAGAAGGGGAAUCCGCGAAAAACCGGGGACAGUAUGGAGAUCGAGCCAAAAGAUCCGGCUGAUACGAAAAAAUCAGGCAGAGGCCCGCGACGAGGUCGCAGAAAUCGCAACACGACAACAAACCAUGACGACGAUGACACGCUUCCGGACGCUUCAUUACAAGAUGUUGCUGCACAAAAACAAAACAAGAAGAAUCCGGAUGAGAUCUCGUUUGAACCUGACGAUGCAGACUACGGCGAGCCGGAGCUGGAUCCGGAAUUUGAGACGCUGCAGGAGAGUAUGAGUGCGCUGAGGCUUGUGCCUAGUAAGAUUAGAUUCGGGAAGGGGCCACGAAGGUGAUCUCUGCUUUGUACAUAUUACAGCUGCUCACAGUUCAGCAUCUUCAUUCAACCAUACCUAUA